GUUAAGGUGGCAACGCUGUGUGUUAACAGCUGAUAGAAGACGCGCAUGCAAACGUUUUGCGGCUUUUGGUGUAUUAUUUGCAAAUAAAAGCAAAAUGGGGGAAAAAUCAACACCAGCGCUGCAAAUUGAACUCAAUUUCGACGAGGAGGAUGUGCCGUAUGAAGAGGAGAUUCUUCGCAAUGCAUAUUCCGUGAAGCACUGGCUGCGUUACAUAGAUCACAAGGCCAAAGCGCCCAACAAUGGCGUUAAUUUGGUGUAUGAACGGGCACUGAAGGAGCUGCCUGGCAGCUACAAAAUCUGGUACAACUAUUUGCGUACGCGCAGGAAGCAGGUGCGUGGCCGCAUACCAACAGAUCCCAUGUACGAGCAGGUGAACAACACAUUUGAGCGCGCACUGGUCUUCAUGCACAAGAUGCCUCGUAUUUGGAUGGACUAUGGAGUAUUCAUGAGCUCGCAAUGUCGAAUUACGCGUACCCGCCAUGUUUUCGAUCGUGCGCUGCGUGCAUUGCCCAUUACACAGCAUGGACGCAUUUGGCCGCUGUUUCUGAAAUUCGUGCAGCGUUAUGAAAUGCCUGAGACGGCGUUACGCGUCUACAGGCGCUAUCUGAAACUGUUUCCCGAGGAUGCAGAGGAGUAUGUGGCCUACUUACAGGAGGCACAACGCUUGGAUGAGGCUGCCCAGCAACUCGCUCACAUUGUGGACAACGAACAUUUUGUGUCGAAGCACGGCAAGUCAAAUCAUCAACUGUGGAACGAGCUCUGCGAUCUAAUAUCGAAGCAUCCGCACAAGGUGCAUUCAUUGAAUGUGGAUGCAAUUAUUCGUGGUGGCUUACGUCGAUACACGGAUCAGUUAGGGCACCUCUGGAACUCCCUGGCUGAUUAUUAUGUACGGUCAGGCUUGUUUGAUCGUGCGCGCGACAUCUAUGAGGAGGCAAUACAAACAGUGACGACGGUUCGAGACUUCACUCAAGUUUUCGAUGAGUAUGCGCAGUUUGAAGAGCUGUCGUUGAACAAACGCAUGGAGCAGGUUGCCAACGAUGAGGACGCAAACGAGGAAGAUGACAUUGAUGUUGAGUUGCGUCUUUCGCGCUUCGAGUAUCUAAUGGAGCGCCGUCUGCUGCUGCUAAACAGCGUGUUGCUACGCCAGAAUCCUCAUAAUGUGCAUGAAUGGCACAAGCGAAUCAAACUCUAUGAGGAUAAACCAGAGGAGAUCAUAAACACCUAUACGGAGGCCGUGCAGACGGUGCAGCCGAAGCAAGCAGUCGGCCAGCUGCACACGUUGUGGGUGGAGUUUGCCAAGUUCUACGAGGAAAAUGGACAGGUAGAGGAUGCACGUGUAGUCUUUGAACGCGGUACGCAAGUGGAAUACGUUAAGGUGGAACACUUGGCAGCGGUGUGGUGCGAGUGGGCCGAAUUGGAACUGCGUCAGCAGCAAUUUGAAGCUGCACUGAAGUUAAUGCAACGCGCUACGGCAAUGCCAAAGCGAAAGGUUGCCUAUCAUGAUGAGACGGAAACGGUGCAAAUGCGUCUGUAUAAAUCACUCAAAGUUUGGUCUAUGUACGCAGAUUUGGAGGAGUCCUUUGGCACUUUCAAAACUUGCAAGGCCGUUUACGAGCGUAUCAUUGACCUUAAGAUUUGCACGCCACAAAUAAUCAUCAAUUACGGCUUGUUUCUGGAAGAGCACAACUACUAUGAGGAAGCCUAUCGUGCCUACGAAAAGGGUAUUGCGCUGUUCAAAUGGCCGAAUGUCUACGACAUUUGGAAUUCGUAUCUGAGCAAAUUUCUGAAAAGAUAUGGUGGCUCCAAACUGGAGCGUGCUCGCGAUCUUUUUGAGCAGUGUCUGGAUAAUUGUCCGCCGGAGCAUGCCAAGUAUUUCUACUUGCUCUAUGCCAAGCUGGAAGAAGAACACGGGCUGGCGCGACAUGCCAUGGCCGUUUAUGAUCGCGCUACCAGUGCUGUCAAAGAGGAGGAGAUGUUCGAUAUGUACAACAUAUUUAUCAAAAAGGCAGCCGAAAUUUAUGGACUACCACGCACACGUGAGAUCUAUGAAAAGGCUAUCGAGGCACUGCCGGAGCAGAAUAUGCGGCACAUGUGUGUCAAGUUUGCAGAGCUGGAAACAAAGCUCGGCGAGGUAGACCGUGCCAGAGCCAUCUAUUCACAUUGCUCGCAAGUUUGCGAUCCUCGUAUUACCGCCGAUUUCUGGCAAACAUGGAAAGAGUUUGAAGUGCGUCACGGUAACGAAGACACAAUGCGUGAGAUGUUGCGUAUCAAGCGCUCUGUUCAGGCCACAUACAACACACAGGUCAACAUGAUGGCUGCUCAAUUUCUCAAUACGAAUAAUGGCGCUGCAGCCGAUGCAGGCGCUGGCUCUGGCUCUGAUGCCAUGCGUAUGUUGGAGGAGAAGGCGCGACAAGCGGCAGCUGAAGCUAAGCAGAAGCCAGCCGAAAAGGCUGCCUCAAAUAUAAUGUUUGUGCGUGGCGAAACGCAGGGCGGUUCCAAGACCAAGGACAAUACUGUCAUUAAUCCUGAUGAGAUUGAUAUCGGCGAUAGCGAUGAGGAAGAUGAAGAUGAUGAGGCAGAAGAUGCUGCAGAACAGGCUCCAGAAGGCGACACAGCUGCAGCAACAGCAACUGAUAACGAGGGUCUCAUCAUGAAGAAGUUGCGUUUCGAACAGAAAGCAAUACCUGCCAAGGUCUUCGGUGGCCUGAAACCCAAUAGUCAACAGGACUCCGACGAAGAAUAAGAAUAUGCUUUCCCAUUUAUAAUGUUUAUGUUGAAAGUUUUUCAAAUGCUA